GCAUUCCAUUGUCAGAUAAAUACAUGCGUCCCUACAAAAACUGAUUUAGGGUUGUUGGCAGGUGAACACUUCCUUUACCACCCCUUGUCCGCCUUUUCAGUUAUUAAUCUCAACACAUGUCUCUGUUUAUCAGACUGUGUCGGAACAUUUCUGAAUUGUGCCGUCAGCGACAAGAACAGGAUAUGUUUUGACAGGACAAACAAGAUUGUAAACACACCUUUUACCAGAUAUAUAUAUCACAGAAGACGUUUAACGGCGGGUACGUUGGAAUCAAUGGUGAAACAGUUCACUUUUGAUGGAAACAGAGUCGCGGAUCUGGACGGCAUGUGUUCUCGCGCGUGCUUGAAGGAACACCAACCUAGAUGCUACGUGGAGACAGCUCCUGUCACCCAUACAUAUUAGUCACCUGGGCGUUCGACCAAAGUGUCGCCACAAGCCUUCCUCAAAGGGCGUUGUAGACUUGGAGCGAAGGGAAUCCGCGCGGCAGGUCAGGCCGGUACGCAGGCGUGUUGUAUGGAGCUCAGCGCAAGACUCGGGGAUAGUACAGUACAGGUGACUGUGUCGCUUGGCCUUCAAACGCAGCCAGCGCUUCGUGGUCAGUAAGACAAGCACAGCAGGCCUGCUAAGUUCUUUUAUGCGAACACUCCAAACACAUUGCGUGUGAAGGGACAGUGUAAAGGCGAUAGCGAGCAUACGAAGGCUGUACGGCAGGGUUCCACCUGUCUCACUUCACGUAUCCAGCACGCUUCGGUGCUUUCAGCCAGUCCAGUGUGUUCGCCAUCAAAAUCUGGUGGAAAGGUUACAAGAAUGUUGGUGUGAUCGAAGCUCUGCAGAACGAGAUUUUCGUCUAUUCUCGUGGAGUCACAGUUCCCAGUCUCGACGCUAGCAAAGGUCUUGUCAACUCAUUGACUUCCUGGGCAUGACUCGCCGCUUGAGAAGGAGCUGCUAGCGGCAGAGUCGCUGGUGUCAUCGUCGGCCGCGGCCCAUGCGGCAGCAGCAGGAUGGGCGAGAUGCGUGAGGAGGAGGUGGAGGUGGCGGUCAAGGUGGUAGUAGUUGGGAACGGCGCCGUGGGCAAGUCCAGCAUGAUUCAGCGCUACUGCAAAGGCAUCUUCACCAAGGACUACAAAAAAACCAUUGGCGUCGAUUUCCUUGAGCGACAGAUCGAGGUUGGAGGCGAGGAUGUGCGUUUGAUGCUGUGGGACACAGCUGGUCAAGAGGAGUUUGAUGCCAUCACAAAAGCAUAUUACAGAGGUGCCCAGGCCUGUGUGCUGGCAUUUUCAACAGUGGACAGGGACUCCUUUGAAGCCAUUGAGACAUGGAAAAAAAAGGUGGAGGAUGAAGUAGGAGAAAUUGGCAUGGUGAUUGUACAGAACAAAAUAGAUCUCAUAGAUGAUGCAGUGGUUCAACCAGAGGAAGCUGAAAACUUGGCCAAGAAGCUUCGACUUCGAUUUUACAGGACGUCUGUGAAGGAAAACUUGAAUGUCGACGAAGUUUUCAGAUAUCUAGCAGUGAAAUAUUUAGACCAGCUCAAUGCUGUUGUUGAAGAGCUGCCUGCAAUACCUCAAAGGAUUGGUGAGAUGCAGAAUGAUGCCAGGAAUCACCAUAAAGAGAAGAGCAGGCACCAGAAGCAGGACACAACCAUCAGUCUCCAGCCCAGCAAGCGCCGCACACAGGGCAAAAAAUCCUUCAUGACAGCCAAAUGCAACUUGUUAUAGUAGCAGACUAUGAUAUUGGAGGAAGACUAGCUUUUGCAUCUCCUUCAACAGAAUGCUUUCAUUCCAAGUGAUCACUGCUGAAAUAGACAUAUAAGUGUUAUUUCAACAUUUUUGGGUGUGAUACACUUGUUAUUUCUGCAAGUGGUGCCCAUUUUGGCAUUAAGGGCAGAAGCUAAGCUCAGUGCUGCAUGUCCAUAAAUGGCUUGCAUUCUGGAUUGCUUCACAGUGAUCUUGAUGGUGGUGGUGAUGGUGAUGAUGAUGGUGACACAUUUGUUUCGCCAGCCACAAAUUCUUAGUGCUACUCUGAUAACAGUUGGGAUAGUUUUCCUGAGUUUGUAACAAAAGAGAAGAGGACCUGCAUGUGUGUACGGCAGUGUGUUUUUAUUUUAAAUGAUAGUAACAUAUUCUUUAGGUAACUAGUAAAUGGCAAUAAGGCUGGCAAGGUAUGCUGAUGGUUUAAAAAUACAUUUUUUGGGUGAGAGUAUGUGCAUAUGUACAUGGUAUGUGUGAAAGAGAGAGGUGUAUGCAUUCAUAUGCUAAUGAUAACCAGUAAAUAAAUUUUUCUCAAGUAUUUUAUAUGAAUAAUAUGCCCUUAAUACUACAGCAAUAUGGUGUAUUGCUGCGGAUAUGUUGAUGCAACUUUUUAAGCAGUUCCAUCACCAAGUAAGUUGUUAAAGAUGAGCUAUAAAAAAAAUGUCCAAUAAGUUCAUGGCAGAUAUAUUAAAUAUGUUCAACGAAAACAAAAUUGUUGCAUGCUCAUUAUUCAUUUGCUAUUUCUGCAGGGAUUUCCAGCCUUAUCUUAUUGUCUUCAGCUAUGAAUUAGGUUUGUUUCUAAGAACGAACAUAGUUAUUUCUGUCUGUUGAUAAAUAUCUGAAGCUUCUGUCAUUCUUUCCAAUCAAAAAUCUGCCUAAAUAUGAAGGGUAUAAGGGAAAAUGCAAACGCAAAAACUAAAAGAAAAGAAUGGUGUUAAAACCAAGGGAAAAAAAAUUUAUAAAGUUUUUCUUAUGACCAAAGUUUAUUUUUAUAAACUUAUAAAAAAAUGUUUGUUCCAUUAUUAUAUAACAAAAGUUUCCUCUGCUUCACAAGUUCAGGCAUAAAUGCAUGCAGUAGUAUUUAAUUUCAUAAAGAUAUCAUACUUUGCAAUGUAUAUGAAAACUGGUUGUGGUUUAAGAUAUGUGUUCAUUCCUAAGCAAAUCAUUUUGUUUUUGUUAUUUGAGGGAGUGGUGGUUCUGUAGUCUUUGGUUGACUGAACCUACAUAGCAUUCCAGCGUCUAAGAAUAAGCCAAGUCCUCUUUGUUAAUCUUUAAUCAUAUUUUCUUAAGUCCUGUUCUUGAUCUAUAAAGAGGGUAAUAUUUCUUUACUUCUUAUGCUUCUGAAUGUAGACAGUAAAGAAUAGUUUUUGCAUCAACUAAAUAAUAUAACAGUAUAUAGAGUAAGAAUUUUUACACUGCCUGAUUUUGAACAGUAAAGGUCAUUGGCUGCUAAAUCAUAAUGAAUUUGAACACACAAAUGUGAACAGUAUCUCAUGUUUAGUCAUUCCUUUAAACACUAAUAACAAAUUUAACAUUUGAGGAAAUUGCUUUCUUAAACUGCUUUAAUAUGAAUACUGAUUGUACAUUUUACACGGUUUAAAUAUAAAGCUUUUUUUUUUUUAAGUUCUUGAUUGUGAACAUGCAUGUUUUUCUGUUGGCAUUUUAACACUUGAAGAAAAUAUCUUUAGAAACAAUACUUUGUUUAAAAAAAUCACUAACUCUGCAAGCACAUGCCUGAUAGUCUUGUAGCAUUUAGGAAGGUGUGUGUGCACUCUAUACGCUUGCAUAAACACACUGCAGCAUAUAUAUUUGCUUUGAAGUGUCCAUUAACUGUCCCUGUGAUGUAAAAUUAAUAAAUUACUGGAAUAAUCUACUAGUGUUUACAUAGAGGCUGAUGCAGACUGUAUUUCUAGGUGUGUAACAAAUACUUUCAGAGGACAAUGUGCACAUCUUUUUUUUCUGCUUUCCAGCUUUGUAGGGGACACAAUUCUGUCUCUAGUUUAUUCCAACAGAUUUUUAAAAUUGUUUUGCAUUCCUUGUUUGCUAUAGCUUGUUGCUAUUUUAGUGGAGUCUAUGAAUGUAUAUUUACAAGUUUUUUUCAUUCAACACACUUGUGAGCCUGAAUUGAAACUUUGUUUCUGUGAUAACCAGUAACUGUCUUUAUUUGAAGUAAAAUCCAUCAGCACUAAAUGAAAUUAUUUUGGAUUAAUGCAUAUAUUUUCAGCAAACAAUACAUAUCAAGAAAAAGAAUAUGUUCUGUUGUAUGCAUGCAGGCUUUUUUUAUUUUAUGCAAAUUAUGACUUGUAAUGAUGAAUGAAAUACAUUUUCAUAUUUAUGUAACAAGUGGAAAUUUGCUUUGUGGCCAGUGUCAGAGGUUGCAUGAAAAUCUGUUAGUUUGGCAGUCAAACAUAUCCUAGUUCAUUACAUGCUACAUUUAAUUUUUAAAAAACCCAAACAAACCUGAACUGUUGUUUGCUAAAUGCAAGUGACGGGUGGAGAAAAAGCUCUUUUCUUGAAUAUAUCAAGAAUACAUAUUUAACAAUAUUUACAAAUUUCACAUUGAAAAUCUAAGUGAUAUUCUAUUGUUGUUGGUUUCUGUUGACAGUUCAAGAUUAAGUAGUUAAAAUAGGAUUGGCAGAGCUAUGAGAACACUGGAUGACUAUACUGAUAUGUAUCACAGACCCCUACUCUAAAUCUGGUAGGGACAUUAUCUUCCUAUGGCAUGCCUCUGCAGUUUGGCAUUUUAAAUUUACUUCUUUGUGUAUCUUGAUAAUGGUUUUUGUCUUUCAACUUACAUAAAAACAAUAAUGCCAAGAGUAUUAUUUGGUUAGGAAUCUGUGUUGGCUAGUAUGCAACACGAGAUAGAAUGAUCAGGGCCAACAGGAGUUUGCUUGAGAUGGAUGAAUUAAUAAAGCAGUAAAACUGAGUUAGAGUAAUAUAGGUGCAAACUGGCUUCCUUUUUUAGAUCAUUGUGACUGAUCACAUGCAUUCAGUAAUAUUAUGAGGCAGAAUCUGCUCAUCAAAUUAUUAGGGAGCAGGAAAUGCUAAUGGUCAUUCAGUGAAUACUUCUUAGGUGCACCACUCACCUGUGAUGUGUGCCACAAAACACGUUAAUGGGCAUGUGAAUCAUUGCAAAUAGCUUGUCUGGAAAAAGAAAAGGCUGUUAUAGAUGAGAAGGUGCUGUUUAUGAGUUAAUGUGCCAUAUGGACAAUUAAAUCUAAAGCAUAGACAUGCACUUUCCAUCAGACAUUUUAUGAAUCCACAUAAAUCUUAAUAUAAUCUUUAUUUAGGCUUGUCUGAAUUUUUCAUGGGUCCUUACUGUCAUUUGGUCCGAAAGUAUCAGAAUAUUUUUUGCAUGAGUCUGCAGCUGUCUGCAGGUGUUUAAGUGGCUGCAUGAAAAAUGUAACAUUCAUCAAAACUUUUUAAUUAUUGCUUUCUGAUGCAGGGUCAACAUAGGAAAUGACAAUGGAAGCAGAACUGUGAACAUUUAUACAUAUAAACUUUUGUGACAACAAUAUUGUUAUAAUUCUAUGCUUGCUUUAGAAACAAUAUUUGGAUCCAAUUUAACAAUAUAUUCAUAUUGUCUCUUUGAAAAUGUGUGAUUAAAUGCAUAAGAAAUGACAA